CACUGCAGGUGCUCCCUGAAGCCACCUUGGUUCCUAAGCCAGGACCAUCUGCCAGGUUUAAAAGCUUCUCAAGAAUGAGAUGGAUUCACCUGAGAAGCUGGAUAAGGACAAUUUAGUGGGCAUCAACAAAAACCGGCUUGGUGUGUGUGGCUGGAUUCUGUGUUCUCUCUCCUUCCUGUUGAUGCUCAUUACCUUCCCCAUCUCCAUAUGGAUGUGCUUGAAGAUCAUUAAGGAGUAUGAACGAGCUGUUGUCUUCCGACUGGGACGCAUCCAAGCUGGUAAAGCCAAGGGACCAGGUUUGAUCCUGGUCCUGCCCUGCAUAGAUGUCUUUGUCAAAGUUGAUCUGCGAACAGUUACUUGCAACAUUCCUCCACAAGAGAUCCUCACAAGAGACUCUGUGACCACCCAGGUAGAUGGAGUUGUCUAUUACAGAAUCCACAGUGCUGUCUCAGCAGUGGCCAAUGUCAAUGAUGUUCACCAAGCCACGUUUCUGCUGGCUCAGACCACUCUGAGAAAUGUCUUAGGGACACAGACCUUGUCUCAGAUUUUAUCUGGGCGAGAAGAGAUCGCCCAUAGCAUUCAGACCUUGCUUGAUGAUGCCACUGAGCUAUGGGGGAUCCAGGUGGCCCGGGUCGAAAUCAAAGAUGUCCGUAUUCCUGUGCAGCUGCAGAGAUCCAUGGCAGCUGAGGCUGAGGCCACUCGGGAAGCCAGAGCCAGGGUCCUUGCAGCAGAGGGAGAAAUGAAUGCUGCUAAGUCUCUCAAGUCGGCCUCCAUGGUGCUGACUGAGUCGCCCAUCGCCCUCCAGCUGCGUUACCUACAGACCUUGACCACUGUGGCCACAGAGAAGAAUUCCACCAUCCUGUUUCCCCUGCCCAUGAACGUACUGGAGGGCAUUGGUGGCAUCAACUAUGACAACAACAAGAAGGCCAGUGCUAGAGCCUGAGGCCUGCCCACAGCCUGAGGCCUGCCCAGUAGCCAGCUUACUUCAUAGAAAGGCCUUCCUGUGCUUGGAGAAGCCAGUCAUUAGAGGCCAGAGAGGCCAGUGCUAUUCAAGCUGCAGUAAGUCCUCAGCUAGAACAGUGCUCACAGAGAAAAUCAUAGGUGCUCUACAAGAGCAAAGGCAGAGAGGGGAACUGGGCACUGCUCUUGCUUUUCAGACAUAUCAACAUUCAGUAGUCUUCUGUUAUUAAUUAGCACUAGCCCCUGACAGCAGGAGAGGAGGAAGUCACGGGUGAUGUAAGACUUCAGAUCCUAAAUUGUGUUAAAAAAGAACUACUCUAGAUUUGUAGAGUGAAGUAGAUCUGUCAUUUACACCACAUAUUUGAUUUGCUGUGAUAAAGUGCUAGGUCAGGUAGCCAUAGUGAAACCCCUCAGUACUGAAAACUAGGAUUGAUUAUGUUAAAGACAAAAUAGCCCCAAACAGCAAUAGCAUAGCACGAAGA